GGCGGCCGAUGGCAUAGUGUUGAACCACUAUUACACGCAUCCGGUGUCGUGUCCGAGUCGGGCGGCCCUACUGACGGGCGUACACCCCAUACAUACGGGACUACAAAACUUUGUAAUCAUCAACCAGUCCCCACUGGUCUGCCCCUACACUACAAACUAUUGCCACAGUAUCUCAAACAACACAAUUACGCCACACAUAUAGUCGGCAAAUGGCAUUUAGGUUACGCGCGCCGGGAGUUUACUCCCACCUACCGGGGCUUCGACUCACACGGCUAUAAUAAGCAGUAUUUCAAUCACACGGCGUGUGACACGUGGCCCGACGAGUGUGGACUCGACUCUCGGCAUAACAUGACGUUCACGACCGACGGAACCGGCGUUUAUUCCACGCAUUAUUUCACCGACCGGUGCCUCCAUAUAAUAGAUGGUCAUAACAGCACACACCAACCCCUGUUUCUAUACAUGCCCUACCAGGCCCUGCACGCAGCCCGUGCCAAACACACGGUUGCCCCACAAAACUAUAUCGAUAUGUUUGCGUACAUCGCGAGGCUAUUUUCCGCAGCUAACCGCCGUUACCGGAUAUCACACCUGCUCAGCCACCCUGACUAUCAGCUAUCCAACGUGAGCUUCCCUUACGAGCUGGAGAUAGUAAUUAGCAAUUUUUUAUCAAUAAUUAUUUUAGGUAAUGGAGGCUCUAAUUGGCCGUUCAGAGGCAAUAAAACGGAAUUAUUUGAGGGAGCCCUAAGAGUGCCGGCAUUCAUAUGGAGUCCAUUACUUCGCAAAAGUGGUUACGUCUCGGAGGCCCUCAUCGAUGUGUCGGACAUAACGCCAACCAUUUUAGACGCAAUCGGCGACAGACACGUGCUUUCAGACGAAACUAGGCAUUCAUAUGGAGUCCAUUACUUCGCAAAAGUGGUUACGUCUCGGAGGCCCUCAUCGAUGUGUCGGACA